UCAUCUGUCCAAUCACAGACUGAAUAGUCAACACUUCCGUAUUGCACAUGUCUACGGGAGAAAGGAGGAAUGUCCACCGAGUUUCGUCAUUGAGCGUGUAACAACUACUGUUGUACUGAACAUACAUUUUUUGGACAGGCAGUAACCAUGGCUUCCCGAGCUGGACCUCGAGCUACUGGCACAGAUGGAAGUGACUUUCAGCACCGCGAGAGAGUGGCCUCACACUACCAGAUGAGUGUCGCCCUCAAGUCCGAGAUCCGUAAGCUGAACAUCGUCCAUGUUCUGAUCUGGCUCCUCUUAGCUGCCCAGGUGACAGUGAGCCAGCUGAACCUGGUGUCCCACAGUGUGGUGGCUGCUCCCUACCAGUGGGAGUACCCCUACCUGCUGAGUAUCAUCCCCUCCCUCUUCAGCUUCAUGGCCCUGCCCAAAAACAACAUCAGCUACCUGGUGAUCUCCAUGAUCAGUGCCGGCCUCUUCUGCAUAGCACCGCUCAUCUACGGGGGCAUGGAGAUGUUCCCGGUGGCCCAGCUGCUGUACCGCCACGGCAAGGCCUACCGCUUCAUCUUCGGCUUCUCUGCCGUGUCCGUCAUGUACCUGGUGAUGGUGAUCGCGGUGCAGGUGCACGGCUGGCAGAUCUACUACAGCAAGAAACUGCUGGACGCCUGGUUCACCUCCACACAAGACAAGAAGAAGAAAUGAGGACUAAAUUAUUUAAACAACUGACAAGGAAUGACUAUUGCUGCCUGCUGCUGCUUGACACCACUUCUAGGCCCAUCUAUAUUUGAAUUCUACAUCCCCAUCUCACCAUCCCUAAUUGAUAGUUGUAGGACUAAUUGGAAUACUCAGCAGGCUGUCCUGUCGUCUUCCUGGUAAACCCUCUAACCUCCAUUAUCUCAUCUCCUGGCUCUGGUGCCUGUGGACAGAUUAAGACUUGAGUUGUCUAUCUGAGACUCCAGGGUUUAAUGUUGACCUGUCCUGCUGCCUUUAGAAACCCAUCCUCUUAUAUCUCAUCCUGAUCUAUGGAGCUGGCUGCCAUAAUCUGUCCUGCAAGGGAUAGUACGCCAGUAUUAGCCAUAUGUUCCAAUUAUCUCUCCUUUCUCCACAAGUUUGCACUUGUUCACUGAUUUGAAAGGGAAUGACUGGAAUAAUAAAUAUGGUAGAAACUCCCACUAGACCAGGGAUAGGCACCUUUGAUGGGGUGGGGACCAUAAAACAUCAACUCAUCAUGCCGCAGUAGCUCGCGGGUCUACCUAACCUUGGGGCGGCAGGUAGCCUAGUGGUUAGAGCGUUGGAUAAGUAACCGAAAGGUUGCAAGAUCAAAUCUCUGAGCUAACAAGGUAAAAAUCUGUUAUCCUGCCCCAGUUGUUCAGGGGCACUGUGCCUACGCCGUCAUUGAAAAUAACAAUUUGUUCUUAACUGACUUGCCUAGUUAAAUAAAGGUUAAAUAAAUAAACUCAUCCAUACCCACACAUACAGUCAGAGCCGGCCCUAGCCUUUUGGGUGCCCCAAGUGAAACCUUGCGAGCACAAAGUUUUAGUUUUAGAAUUAAUUUCCUGAUAUUCUACACAAUUUGCCAUGGCGAGGAGAGAUUUUGUAACUUAACUCAUUUCAUGGAAUUCUAAUAAUUUGCAAUUGGGUGGAGAGAAAUGUGCAGUUUUUUAGCUAAUUUCUGGAAAUUUUUCACCCAACUAUAGGAUGGAGAGAAAUGUUUGCAGUUUUUAUUAUGAUAUCUGAGUGAGAAUGACCCUCCCCAGUUGGUAAUUCGACCAUGAUUACUACAAUUUUAGAUCGCUGGCUAGACUAUCUUACCAGUCUAAACAAAUGUUUGCUGACAUGGGCUAAUUGAGUGACUCUCAGGUGACUGACAUAACAAGAGAGAAACUGCUGAUGCACAACCAAACAUUGAAAUUGCACCUUGUGGUUUCUACUAUUCUAACUUUCAACAACUUAGAGAACCCGACUGAGUUCAUCAUUCUUUUCCUUUCAUUUUUGGAAAUGUAUUUGCGGGCCUACACCAGACCAGCAGUUCACCAUCCCUGCUAUGGACAGUGCCUCUGCGAAUCCAAUGUUUUUAGAUUUGUGGGUGAAAUAGUGAACGAGUGUACACUUCAGGAGGCAGGCGUUAUAAUUGGGACAUACCCAAGACUAGAUCAGGGCAUGAUGUGGCCUUAAAGAGAGGAGCCAUCCAGAGCUGAACGGAAAGGGUUAAGAGAAAGGCGAGAGCAGUGGUCAGAUUGCAUCCAUAUGGUUGUGUGCUGCUGUCAAAUGCACAUUUUCAUGUUGACAGUACUCAACAAUUCAAUUGUUUCUAAAUGAGAUGUACAUUGUUAAAUACCAAUAAAUGGCUAUGCUGUA